GCAGUCGCUCAUGAACGUUAGGACUGCGAGGUCCUGCGGAAUCUCCGACACCGCGCGUUAUACACUCUACUUUAGCGUCAGAAGCGUAUUUUACACGGAUUUCCGAGGAAAAACUUAUGUAUACUUUACUUACGUAUGAUGUUGAUGUCGUAAAGUUUUGAAAUGAUUAAUCUUAAUAUUUGUGAGAUGUUGUUUGAUGUGCCGAUGUGAGUUGGACUUUGUCAACUUCGGUUAGUCGUUUCGUUUGCGAAAAAAAAAGGCGUUGAUCCCAAGAUAUGCUCCAACCACGGAAAGGAAGUGCAAAGUUCCUACCCCAGCCUACACUAUGUCAGAAUGAAAUAACUGGAAAUAACUGCGACAAAAAUUCAACAUUGAAUCUUUCAUGCGUCGAAGUGGGUAAAAAAGUGAUUGAAUAUUACUGUGAGCAGCAGAAUAUCACCAAUAUUUUCACUUGUGUCUCGUGCGAUGACCAGAACAUUACCACCAGUGUGGAGGUACAAAACAUUAGUGGCUUUUCCUUAGUAACUUCAAACUAUGAGUGUAACUUGGUGAAUCAAAGUGAUAUUUUAUGGAUUUGUGGUUUGAACAGAAGUACAGAAAGAGUUUCUGAGGGGACAGAAUAUGACUGGAGUUACCUUUUUGUUAUUGUGUUUAUACUUGCCGGUGGACUAGGAAACAUAUUAGUGUGUUUAGCUGUUAUUUUGGAUAGACGUUUACAAAAUGUUACCAACUACUUUCUGCUUUCAUUAGCAAUCGCAGAUCUAUUGGUUAGUCUUUUUGUUAUGCCGCUGGGAGCUCUACCAGGAUUUUUGGGUAACUGGCCUUUUGGAAUGAUCUGGUGCAACGUCUACGUCACCUGUGACGUACUUGCCUGCUCUGCAUCAAUCAUGCAUAUGUGUUUCAUCAGUUUGGGAAGGUAUUUGGGCAUAAGAAAUCCUCUCAAAACCAGAAAUACUACAACCACCAGAACUGUUGUCUUCAGAAUAGCUCUUGCUUGGUUAUUAGCAAUGUUGGUAUCGAGUUCCAUCACUGUAUUAGGUAUUAUAAAUCAUGAAAAUAUCAUGCCUAAACCUGGAAGAUGUGUUAUAAAUAAUAGAGCAUUCUUCGUCUUUGGCUCACUGGUUACUUUUUAUAUUCCAAUGGUAAUUAUGGUAACCACGUAUGCCCUUACCGUUCAACUUCUAAGGAAAAAGGCUCGUUUCAACAUAGAACAUCCAGAAAAUGACCAAUUCAUUCGAAGAAUGGGAGGAAGAUACUACAAUCAAAAACAUGAAAGGCCUGCUUCGGUUAUUUCUGGACAAUCUACAUGCAGAAGAACAGCUAGUUCUGGAGAAAGGUUUUCAGGAUGUCACAUGCGUUUGAGUGCUUCUCAUUCUCAACUGUCAUUCAUAAAUGGAGGAGGCAGCAGAGACUCUCAUAGUACCAGUAGCAUGACUUCCAGUGGACGUUCUGGCUAUAGGGAUCAGAGCACACAGACUCCUGAAAAUAUAGCUAAGGAAACUCGAAACUACAAGCUGAGAUCACUGAAACUGCAACUCAACAAUGUACCUACAAACUUAAGCAACUUCAGACUGCUUGCUGGGAAAUCGAAACGAAAAAAUUUCGCUGUGAAUUCUGUUGCAACAGAGCAGAAGGCUUCCAAAGUAUUGGGACUAGUGUUCUUCACGUUCGUUCUAUGUUGGGCACCAUUUUUCAUAUUGAAUAUCAUAUUCGCUGCUUGUCCUAGUUGCGAUGUUCCAGAACAUAUUGUGGUGGUAUGCCUCUGGUUGGGCUACCUCAGUUCAACUAUUAACCCCGUUAUAUACACGGUGUUCAACAGAACCUUCCGCACUGCUUUCAUCAGAAUAUUGGUCUGCAAGUGUCGUAGACUAUCAAGACCCAUAAGGUACAGACCUGUCAGUGAAAAUCGAGGUACAGUCAGCUUGUGCACUCCUUCUGCUCUACCUUUAGCUAUAAGUCUUCAAGGAACACCACUCAUCACACCAGCCUCAACAGAUUCAUCUUACAUGGUGUGUCGGAGCAUAUCAUCCCACCAAAGAGAUAGAGGUGGCAACGCUUUCGAUGAUCAUAGUUGUUGAUAGGAACGAAAAUACAUGUUUGAAUAUAAA